ACCAAAACAUUGUAUUGCUUGGAUAUCAAACAGUUUUAUGACCUGUAGUCUGUAGUCUCAUAAUAUGUAUUAGAUUUGUUUAAAAAAUAGGUUAUUUUCUAUUUAUAUAUAGAAUAGCUUCUAGAUCUAUUUUCUGAAAAAUGUCUAUCGAACAAUUCGUUAAUAAAACUUUAGAACUUAUCGACAAAGAGAGAGAUGCCGAAAUUGAGGAAACGCAGUAUUUAACUGAAAAGUUAUCUGCUAAAGAAUUAGAACGCAGAGGAGUUUGCCUGUUAAAACUUCAAAUAAAAGCACGAAGGUCUGGUUUGUAUGGCCGCAUGGUUGCAGUCUUUGAACCACAACUAAAACAUGGAGCAGUGAAAAACUCUAAACCGGAGCUUUCAUCUCACAACUUAUCACCAGGUGAUAUUGUUGGUGUGGGGUUGAUGAAAAGUGAAGCCACUGACAAACCCUUGGCCACUGGCAUUGUUUCACAAGUGACCAGCUCCAACAUCUCCAUAGCUUUUGAUGAGUCUCAGGAUAUUUUUGAGCUUGAUGAUGAUGCGCUGUAUAAACUAACAAAGCUAGCCAAUGAUGUUACAUACCGCCGCUUGAAAACUACAUUGAAAGACCUGGCCAAAUAUAGAGGGGGACCAGCACAGAGACUUGUGGAUACUUUUUUCUGUAUUGAAGAGGUUUCAGCACCCAGUGGGGAAUUUCCCAUAAGUUUUGUGAAUGAAAAUCUGGAUGAGUCUCAGCGAGAUGCUGUCAAGUUUGCCCUGACUCAACGAGAAGUUGCUAUCAUACAUGGCCCACCUGGUACUGGCAAGACAACAACUGUGGUGGAGUUGAUCAUUCAGGCAGUGAGGCAAGGGUUAAAGGUCCUGGCCACUGCCCCCUCCAACAUCGCAGUGGACAACCUGGUGGAGAGACUAGCCAAUCACAAGCAGAAGAUUGUCCGUAUCGGCCACCCUGCCAGACUCCUCAGCCACAUCCAGAAAUAUUCCCUGGAUGCCAUUGUGUCAGGCAGCGAGGAGACCGGCAUUGUCAAGGACGUGAAGUCUGAUUUUCAGAAAGCCCUGUCCAAGUUAAAGAAAGCUCGAGGGCACGGGGAGAAGAAUGCCCUGAGAGAGGAGAUGAAACAUCUGAGGAAGGAGGCGACAAAGAGGGAGGAGGCGGCCACUAAAGAAAUCCUUUCUAGGGCUGACGUUGUUCUGGUCACCCUGACCAGUGCCACAAGAGACGGUCCACUGAAGUAUCUGAAGGAGGAUCAUUUUGAUUUGGUGGUUAUUGACGAGUGCUCACAGGCCCUGGAGGUUGCGUGCUGGAUUGGUCUGAUGAGGGCAAGAAGAUGUGUACUGGCUGGUGACCAUCUACAGCUACCUCCUACCAUCCUAUCCAAGGAAGCAGCUAGCGCUGGCCUGGAAGUGACCUUGAUGGAACGUCUGGUCAAGAUGCUGGUCAAGGAGAAAGGUAAAGAUGUGAUGAGGAUGCUGACCACCCAGUACCGCAUGCACGAGGACAUCAUGGCCUGGGCUUCCAGUCAGUUGUAUGAUGGGAAGCUAAAGGCCCACAACUCUGUGGCUUCACAUUUACUCAGUGACCUUGACAGUGUGUCAGCGAGUGAAGAAACUAGGUCACCUCUGCUGUUGAUUGACACUGCAGGUUGUGACCUCCAUGAACUUGACCUACCUGAUGAGUUAUCCAAGGGAAAUGAAGGUGAGGCUGACAUUGUUGCUGCUCAUGUAGAGGACCUGAUCAAGUGUGGGGUCAAGCCAGUGGACAUUGCCGUCAUAGCACCCUAUAACAUGCAGGUAGAACUGAUCCGGACACGCCUGAGUGGACAGUACCCAAGCCUGGAGAUUAAAUCAGUGGACGGGUUCCAGGGCAGAGAAAAAGAAGCCGUCGUUAUUUCAAUGGUCAGGAGCAACUUAAAAGGUGAAGUUGGUUUCCUUGCUGAGAAGCGCAGGAUCAACGUGGCAGUGACACGAGCCAGACGUCACCUGGCAGUGGUGUGUGACACUGAGACUGUCAGCCAUGAUCCUUUCAUCAAAUCUCUGGUCGACUACAUGCUAGAGAAGGGGGAAGUGUUAUCAGCCCAUCAGUUUAUUCAAGAGGGUAAAGUGACUCAGACUUUUACUCGUCCAGCGAGGCUGACUGACAUGAUGGAGUCCACAAAGUCACAACAAAAACCAGUCAAGAAAAGAGAGCAGCCACUCCAAACAAAGGAAGAGAAGAUGUUGCUGUACCAGAAAGAGUUGGAGAAAUUUGUGUCAGACACAGGUCAGUCUGUUCUAGACUUCCCAGCCACUCUCAACUCACACGACAGGAUGGUCAUUCAUGAGGUUGCAGAGAAACUUGGCCUCUAUCAUACCAGUACAGGGGAGGGCAAGGACAGACAUAUCCAGGUGUCUAAAACAAAACCCCCCUCAGACAGCCCAGGUGUUGCUGUGCCACCUUGUGUUGUGGCAGAUGCUGAAGUCUGUAACUCCUCUCUUCCAGAUACAGAUAGUCCUCUAUUGAAAAAUAAUGAAGAAGGGGAGAAUACUGGUGUGGAAAAUAAUUUAGAGUUACCUACAAGUUAUACUGAGAGUAAGAUUCAACAGGUUGAAAAGGACGCGGAUGCUGUCUUAAAUUCACAGACAUCAGGAGAAAAAGUUAAAACAGACGCUAAAGAAAAUAAAAAUCCUGUGAGCCAAACUAAAAGUGUGGCCUCCCCUGAGCCAGAUAAAGUGGAAGAUGAGGGUGUGGUGUCUUGUAAACACUGUGGUAAGAACAUUAAAAUUCCGAAUCUAGUCCUGCAUGAGUUGCAUUGCUCAAGACAAGCCAAGCCGUCACAAGCCAAGACGUCUUUAGGUUCCGCAAGCGGGGGCGUCAGGAAGAAAGAGACAGCGCAACAGGAAAAAAAGAAAGAAAAAAGUAAGAAAUCUCAAACCCAGAAUGUCUCUGAAGCUCUCAGUAAAAUCGACGACGAUGACUUUGAUGGGUUGAUUGCUAGUAUCACGGAGCUGGACAGUAAGUGUUCGUUUAAGAAAUGCAAGACCUUGACCAACACGCUGGGUAGGAACUGUGAGUACUGCACGCGCAGGUUCUGCCUGACCCACCUGAUGCCUGAGAUCCACGGGUGCGGGGACGCGGUCAGGGAAGCGUCCAGGCGACUGAUCAGCAGGGAGGGGGUCCUGCACAGUGGCAGCGGGGUGCCUAAUAAGAAACCUAACGCGGCCAGACGUGCGCAGUUGGAGAUAAAGCUAGAGAAAAAACUCGGGGAUUUGACGAGUAAAAGAUCAAAACAUUCUGAGAAGAAGAAGUCUUGAUGUAUUGAAAUUUUGUAAUAUUUUAGUUUAUGAAAUUUAAAAU